AUGGAGAAGAAACCAAAAGAACCCAAAACGCCAACGGCAGGCUUUGCAUCAAUAAACGAAGACCUUAUUCAAAAUAUACUAAAGAGAAUACCAGCUUUAUCUUUUGCAUCAGCAGCAUGUGUUAGCAAAUCAUGGAACCAAAAUUGCCGUCGAAUCCUCUCCAGACCGAAGCUUGCCUCUGCUUUUUCUCUCAAUCCUGACCAAAAGAUUGCAUUAGAAGAGGUUGUCGAUAAGGUUCUCUCCGAGCCAAUUAGACCCCAGUUUGCCAUUGCAAAUGUUGUUGGGAGUGAAGUUGAUAUGAGUGGAAAACUUGAUUUCUUAGCAGCCAAACUUGGUUCCAAAAUUCCAAUUAUUGUUUCUUGUGCUAGUGGAAUGAUGGGAAGAGAUGCUGUUACUGAUGAAUAUAAAGAGGUUAUGAUAGAAGAUUUUUGGGUUGAUGGUGCAUCGAAUUCAGGCUUUGGUGUCGUGCUGACUGUGGGGUUUUUACCAGGACUAAAAGUUGAUGCCAUCCCACUGCUGCGUCCAAGAAAGGCACAGGGAGUGGCAAUGGUUGACAACUUUGUGAUGGAUAUUAGGAAUUAUGCAGCUUCUGUUUCUGGUUCCACAUCACCAGUUCUGAUAAUAAUGUUUGGAAGCGAAAAAACUGACCAGAAACCUGUAGUGGAAAAGCUGGAUCUUGCCAUGUCAAGAGAAACUACUGUUGUUGGUGACGAGAGAGCCAAGUUUGUAUACAGAAGUGGCAUAGAGUCAAGAAAUGUGUAUGGGAGUAAUGGUGAAUAUUUUUCUGAUGCAGUUGCUCUUGUUUUUGCAAGGGAUAGAGAAAAACCUUCUGGUGCAGGGGAAAUCCAUUUCCACUCUGCAUUAUCAACUGGUGUUUCUGCGACAGGUCCAAGGUACAAGGCAGUUUCUGUCAAAGAGAUUGAAUCUGAGACUGGUCUUAGUACUUCUCUUACUGUCAGAAGAGAAGGAGAACAAGAGAUCCUAGGUGGUCAAAGGAUUAUAGAUGACAUCAUCAAUGAGUUGGGGAACCAAACAAAACUGUUCAUUGGGGUUUCUUACCAAAGAAAAUGCUUUAGUGGGUCAGAGAAGCCAAGACCGACGAGAUCCUUGGCUAUCCAUGAAGUUAUGGGAGCAGAUACAGUGAACCUUUAUGUUAAUGGAGUUGGCAUCAAAACUGGAGACUAUUUUCGCCUUUACCAUUCAGAUCCAAGCACUGCAUCAUCUUCAAGUCGUAAUGUCUCCAAGAAUUUCAGAAACCUGAAGCUAGACUGGAGCUUUAGAAGCUGCCAGCUUCAUGUAGGUGGGGGUGUUGGUAAUGAGGAAGUCAUUGGAGGUUUCGUCUUUGCUUGUUGGGGCCGUGGUGAAUCAUUCUUUGGACACAGCAAUGUUGAUAGCUCACCAUUGUUGGACAAUUUUCCUGAGGUCCCAAUGGCGGGAAUAUUUACUUAUGGAGAAAUCGGACGUGGGUUUUCAAUCUUGAAUGAAGAUGAAUUAGGCCAAGAAGAUGAGACUUUGCAUUUCUGUUCACAUGUUUAUAGCACUGUAUAUUUGUUGGUGUCUUAUACUCCAGCACUUCUACAGAUCGCAAGGACUGCUUUUGCUAACCUCACCACUGAGGAUUGGGUACAUAGAGUCAACGUUUAUGAUAUUACUCAGAUACCGAACGAUGUCCCCAUUAAUGUAACAUUGAAUUGUUCAUGCGGAGAUAAGCAUGUGUCAAAGGAUUAUGGAUUGUUCAUGACCUACCCGCUUCGGCCCGGAGAGACUUUGGCAUCCUUAGCAGCGGAGUCCGGUGUGCCGGCCGAUUUGCUAGUGAGGUACAACCUAGGGACGAAUUUGAAUGCAGGGAGUGGAAUUGUUUAUGUGCCGGCAACAGAUCAAACUGGAAACUAUCCUCCACUAAAGAUCAAUGCAACUGGAAUCUCAAGCAGAGUCAUCGCAGGCAUAUCUGUUGCAGGAGUUGCUGGAGCUUUCUUUUUCGCCUCUUGUUUUUAUUUUGGACUUUACAGAAGAAGAGUGGUUAUGGCAUCAUUACUCCCAGAAGCAGCUGAAAGCCCCUAUAUUCACCAUAGGCUUGGCUCCAGUAAUAUAUUGGAGAAGACUUCGGAAACAGCUGCUCUUGUUGGUUCUCCGGGGCUAACAGGUAUUACAGUAGACAAAUCUGUGGAGUUCUCUUAUGAAGAGCUUGCUAAGGCCACUGAUGACUUCAACAUAGCUAAUAAGAUUGGGCAAGGCGGGUUUGGAAUAGUGUACUAUGCUGAACUAAGAGGCGAGAAAGCUGCAAUCAAGAAGAUGGAUAUGCAAGCAUCGAAAGAAUUUCUCGCUGAGCUGAAGGUUUUGACACACGUUCAUCACUUAAACCUGUCAUCGAGUCACAUGCGAAACAAUUUUCGGCAGGUGCGCUUAAUAGGAUAUUGUGUUGAAAGUUCCCUAUUCUUGGUCUAUGAGUUCAUUGAGAAUGGAAAUCUAAGUCAUCAUUUGCGUAGUAAUUCGGGAAAGGUGCCGUUGUCAUGGCCAGCUAGGGUACAAAUAGCUCUAGACUCAGCCAGAGGCCUUGAAUACAUCCAUGAGCAUACUGUGCCUGUAUAUAUCCACCGUGAUGUGAAAUCAGCAAACAUUUUGAUCGACAAAAACUUCCGCGGAAAGGUUGCAGAUUUUGGUUUGACGAGGCUUACUGAAGUAGGAAGUGCUUCAUUGCACACACGCCUUGUAGGUACAUUUGGAUACAUGCCUCCAGAGUAUGCUCAAUAUGGAGAUGUCUCUGCCAAGAUAGACGUAUAUGCAUUCGGAGUCGUGCUCUAUGAACUUAUAUCUGCCAAGGAAGCGGUUGUCAAGACCAAUGAAUUUAUCACUGAAUCUAAGGGACUUGUAGCUUUGUUUGAGGAUGUUCUGCGUCAGCAGGAUCCAAGAGAAAAUCUUCCUGAACUUGUUGAUCCUAGGCUUGGAGAUGACUACCCUCUGGACUCAGUUUGCAAGAUGGCCCAGCUUGCUAGAGCUUGCACACAAGAAAAUCCUCAAGUAAGGCCAAGCAUGAGGUCAAUUGUGGUUGCGCUUAUGACACUUUCCUCCUCAUCUGAGGAUUGGGAUGUUGGUUCUGUCUAUGAAAAUCAAGCUAUAGUCAAUCUCAUGGCAGGGAGGUAG